AUGGCCGGAGGCAAGGGCAAGAGCAUUGGAGGCAAGGCCACUGGUGCCAAAGACUCGACGAGUAAAACUCAGAAAUCGCACAGUGCGAAGGCUGGUUUGCAGUUCCCUUGCGGCCGAGUCAAGCGUUUCUUGAAGAACAACACCCAGAACAAGAUGCGAGUUGGUGCCAAAGCCGCCGUCUAUGUUACGGCCGUCCUCGAAUACUUGACAGCUGAAGUUCUUGAACUCGCAGGCAACGCCGCUAAGGAUCUCAAGGUCAAACGUAUCACUCCGCGACACCUUCAACUCGCUAUCCGAGGUGAUGAAGAAUUGGAUACCUUGAUUCGAGCUACAAUCGCGUUUGGAGGUGUUCUCCCUCAUAUCAACCGCGCGCUUCUCCUGAAGGUUGAGCAAAAGAAGAAGAGCAAGGCAGAUGCAUAG